CUGCGGAAGAUAAAGUUUAUUAUAAACUAAUCUAAAUUAGUUCUAAUUGCAACAGUCAUUCUCAUUUAAAUAUCUGAAUAUGUGAGGAGGGCGUUCAAGUAUCACAGAAUGUCUGUCACAAGGGAGCUGACUAUUGUAGGAAUAGUUUUGUUUAUCGCAGCAGGACUAUUGGUUUUCAUUAUGGCAUUUAUUGUGGCCAAAAGGCAGAUAUCACGGUUUGCCACAAGAGGUGCCCAGAAAUCGAUUGGUUCAGGAGCACCCAAGAUGUUCAAGAAACAGAUCAUGGAGAAAUUAAACAGAGUAUCGAAGAUAAAAUAUGAACCAACAUUACUAAACAACAAAAUUUUAUCAUCUGCAGAUUCUAACCAUUAUUUAUAUAGAAUGAAGGCCAUGGAUGCAUUCUCAAAGUUUGACGAAACUUUAAAGAUAGAAGAUAACACAUACAAGGGGCGUCACCCAAAUACCCGGGUCAGGUGGUAUCUGACGGGACUCAAAAAAUCCUGCCUUAGUACCUGCCCAUUGGAGGUUAUUAAUGAGUUCAGUGAUGCUUAUGAGCAUGCUCGUCAUAGCCCAGAGAUAUUUGGAGAGAGUGAAUACGACCAUUACAUGAAAUUAUUGAACCAACUUAUAGAUAACCUUAAAAAGGGAUUUAAAUUGAAAUCUCUGGAAAAAACUUCGGGAGUGGCUGUGCUAGAUUCUAAAGUGUCAUUUGACCAAAGCAAGAAGAAUAAAAUAAAAACUGAAAUAGUACAAGAGAGUAAGCAUACAUCUGUUAUUCCUGUGGAUCUGAGGUUGCGAACUCGCAGUGGCAGUAGUGGACACUCAAGUUUACUGGACAGUGGUCAUUCUAGUCAACCAAGCAGUGAGAGAACGGACAGAGACAGUCCAGAAAAAAUAGCUCUUGUUGAACUCAGUACAAAUGACAAGGAAAAUCUCGUGUGACUUACCUGGUUAUUAUGAAAGUAGAAUCCUGAAAUAUGUGAGAAAGCUCUCUCAAGAGAUAAUUUUUUUCAUUAUUUUUCCCCUUGUAUGUUUUUGAAAGAUUCCACAGAAUUUGUUGACCAAGCUACAAAAGGAGAAACAGUUUUGGAGUGAAUGUUAACUGUUUUCGUACUCGGAUCUCAAAUCCUUCAACAGUUGAAUAUAACAAAUUCUUCAAAUUGUUCAGUUAAAUGCAAGAUGGAAUAGAAAGAUGACUUUAUUAUAUAGCAGAAAAUUUACAUUACAUUCCCUGCGUGUUCAUUUCUUUUAAAAUAGUGGUAAAUUGUGUGUCUACAUGUAUGAAGUAAAAUGAAUGACUGAUUUGA